GCGAAGAGGCAAAGUUCAACAGGACAACAAAGAAGCUGCAGAAACAGCCAGGAAAACGAAGAGCCCUCACGUUUUAACACAGAGACCCCUACCAGAGUUCUCUAAGAUAUUCUGCCAGGUACAACUUGACGGAAACUUUCCACCUGACUUUUACUUCCUACCACCACCAUGACUGAGAUCACUGCUGAAGGAAAUGCAUCUACAACCACAACUGUAAUAGACAGCAAAAAUGGAUCUGUGCCCAAAUCCCCUGGAAAAGUGCUGAAGAGGACAGUCACAGAAGAUCUCGUGACAACCUUCAGCUCUCCUGCAGCCUGGCUCCUGGUCAUCGCUCUGAUUAUCACGUGGUCAGCAGUUGCCGUUGUUAUGUUUGAUUUAGUGGAUUACAAAAACUUUUCAGCAAGCUCUAUUGCCAAGAUGGGCUCAGAUCCUCUAAAACUUGUGCAUGAUGCUGUGGAGGAAACCACGGACUGGAUCUAUGGCUUCUUUUCUUUGUUGUCUGACAUCAUCUCAUCUGACGGUGAUGAAGAAGAUGAUGAAGGGGAUGAGGACACUGAUAAAGGAGAAAUAGAAGAGCCUCCCUUGAAAAGAAAAGACAUACACAAAGAAAAGAUUGAAAAACAGGAAAAGCCUGAGAGGAAAAUACAAACUAAAGUGAUACACAAAGAAAAAGAAAAAGAAAAAGUAAAGGAGAAAGAAAAACCUGAAAAAAAAGCAACUCACAAGGAAAAACUUGAGAAAAAAGAAAAACCAGAAACAAAGACAGUGACAAAAGAGGAGAAGAAAGCCAGAACUAAAGAAAAGAUUGAAGAAAAGACUAAGAAGGAAGUGAAAGGUGUGAAACAGGAGAAAGUGAAACAAACGGUUGCAAAGGCAAAAGAAGUAGAGAAAACACCGAAACCCAAAGAGAAGGAAAGCAAAGAAACUGCUGCUGUUUCAAAACAAGAACAGAAAGGGAGCAUUUCCAUGCAGAGGUUCCAUGAGAGAUUGCAAAAGAGUGAGCCUUCAUUUAGCCAGCUAACAGAAGGGAUGGGAGAAACUAUUUGGUGAAGCAUUCCAAGUUGGAAACACCUUCCUUUUGUAAAACUUCUGCUUCAUUGUUGGAAAUCCAUAUAAGAGAAAAUAAGAAAAAUUGCUUUAAUA